AUGAUUCACCCACGUGCAGCAGCAGCAGGUGCAGCAGCAGCAGCAGCAGAUGCAGCAGCAGCAACAGCCGUAGCAGCACCAGCAGCAGAAGUGGGUCCUUCAAUGCAAGUGCGUGCUGAUCCUUUUGCUGCUGAUUAUUAUCUGGGUGCUGCAGCAGUCGGAGGAGUAGGAGAAGCAGCAGCAACAGCAGCAGCAGCAACAGCAGCAGCAGCAACAGCAGCACUUAGUAACAGAGAAACUAAUGCAUGUGUAUUCUCUUUAGGUAGUGAAAUCGAUAGCUUUGAUGCGCUCGUAGACCAGGUAGAUAUGCAAGCAAAGAGACGCUCAGCAGCAGCAGCAUUUGGAGAGGCUCUCAGCAACAGCAGCAACAGCAGGAGCAGAACUAAUAGAACUGUCAGAUUCAGCAGCAGCAGCUACAGCAGCAACAACAGCAACAGCAGCAGCAGCGGCUUUGGCAGCACAAGCAGCAGCAGUAGACACCGCAUAUGCAGACAGCCGGGCUGCUGCUGCAUGCCAGGCGCUGUCCUAGAUAAACAUAUAUUAGAGAGAGCGUUUGAUUAA